AGUCGGAGCGAGCGGAGCAUGGGGAAUUGGCCCGGGGGUCCCGCGCAGCCCGGCGCCCGCGGGCGCACGCUCUGCUCCCGGCACCGGCCCUCCACCUCGGAGGAGAGCGACCCCGGCGGCAAGAGCAGCUUGCCAGCUGAGCGCCCCGCCGACCCUCCCCGCUACGCCCGGAUCAAGAACUGGCAGACGGGCACAAUUCUGUACGACACGCUCAGCGCCCAAGCCAGGCAGGAGGUGCCAUGCAGUGCCAGACGCUGCCUGGGCUCUGCCAUGCUCCCGAAACAGAUGCUGUCCGGGCCAGACGGUGUCCGCUCGGAGGAAGAGCUGCUGCCCAUGGCCCGGGAUUUCAUCACCCUCUACUACAGCUCCAUGAAGCGGGCCGAGUCCCAGGCCCACCACCAACGUCUCCAGGAGGUGGAGCAACAGAUCGCCACCACCGGCACUUACCAGCUGCUGGAGGCCGAGCUGGUCUUCGGUGCCAAGCACGCCUGGCGCAAUGCCGCACGCUGUCUGGGCCGCAUCCAGUGGAACAAGCUGCAGGUCUUUGACGCUCGGGACAUCACCAGUGCCCAGGAGAUGUACACCUUCCUCUGCACCCAUAUCAACUACGCCACUAACCGCGGGAACCUCCGGUCGGCCAUCACCAUCUUUCCCCCGCGGGUGGCAGGACGUGGGGACUUCCGCAUCUGGAACCAGCAGCUCAUCCGUUAUGCCGGGUACAAUCAGCCUGACGGCUCUGUCUUAGGAGAUCCGGCCAACGUGGAGCUCACCGAGCUCUGCAUCCAGUACGGCUGGCAUCCCCCUAAUGGCCGAUUCGACGUCCUCCCGCUGCUGCUGCAGGCUCCAGACGAGGACCCCGAACUCUUCGUCCUGCCCCCUGAGCUGGUGUUGGAGGUGCCCAUCAUCCACCCCACGCUACCGUGGUUUGAAGAACUGGGCCUCCGCUGGUACGCCCUCCCGGCUGUGGCCAACAUGCUGCUGGAGAUCGGUGGUCUGGAGUUCCCCGCCGCCCCGUUCAGCGGCUGGUACGUGGGCUGCGAGAUCGGCAUGCGUGAUUUUUGCGACUCCCACCGCUACAACCUCUUGCAGGGCGUGGCUGAGAAGAUGGGGCUGGACACGGGGACCACCCUCUCCCUCUGGAAGGACAAGGCGGCGGUGGAGAUGAACGUAGCUGUGCUGCACAGCUUUCAGCUGGCCAAAGUGACCAUUGUGGACCACCACGCCGUGUCAGAGUCCUUCAUGAAGCACCUGGAGAACGAGCAGCGUAUCCGGGGGGGCUGCCCCGCUGACUGGGUCUGGCUGGUGCCCCCCAUCUCUGGCAGCCUCACCCCCGUCUUCCACCAGGAGCUGGUCAACUACCAGCUCUCCCCCGGCUUCCGAUACCAGGCUGACCCCUGGAAGUCCUACAUCCCCAAAGGGACCACCAUCACCCGGAAGAAGACCUUCAAAGAGAUCGCCAAUGCCGUCAAGAUCUCCGCCAAGCUGAUGGGUCAUGUGAUGGCCCAACGGGUCAAAGCCACCAUCCUCUAUGCCUCAGAGACGGGCAAGUCCAAGGCCUACGCCUUCAACCUGAAGGAACUCUUCCAGUCAGCUUUCGCCCCCAAGGUGAUGUGCCUCGAUGAAUACGACGUGGUGUCCUUGGAGCACGAGACCCUCGUUCUGGUGGUCACAAGCACUUUUGGCAAUGGGGACCCACCUGAAAAUGGAGAGAGUUUCUCCAAGGCCUUGAUGGAGAUGUCUUGUCCUUAUCUCGGAGCUGUUGAGCCGGAGUUUCAGAAGAGCUACAAGAUGCGUUUCAACAGCAUCUCCCAGUCUGAUCCCUCGGUGGUUUUCUGGAAGAGGAAACGCCGGGAGUCCAGCAACACCGACUGUGCCGGGGCCCUGGGGACCCUCAGGUUCUCCGUCUUUGGGCUGGGAUCUCGCGCAUACCCCCAUUUUUGUGCCUUCGCCCACGCAGUGGACACCCGGCUGGAGGAGCUGGGUGGUGAGCGGAUCCUGCCUCUGGGCGAAGGGGACGAACUCUGCGGCCAGGAGGAGUCCUUUCGCACCUGGGCCUCCAGCGUCUUCAAGGCCGCCUGUGACACCUUCUGCGUAGAGUCCGACUCCGUCUCCACCGAGGUUUUCUCCAACCGCUGCAGCUGGAAGCGCAACCGGCACCGGGUCCUGGCCCAGCCCAGCAGCACCUUUGACCUCCUGGCAGAUCUGACAAAGAUGCACAAACGCAAGGUGUUUCCGUGCUACAUCAUUUCGGUCAAGAACCUGCAGAGCGCCGAUUCUGGCCGGGCCACCAUCCUGGUACGGUUACAAUUGGGAGACCAACCGGAGCUGCAGUAUCAACCUGGCGACCACGUCAGCAUCUUCCCCGCCAACCGGCCGGACCUGGUAGAGGCGUUGAUGCAGCUAGUCCAGGACCCCCCGCCGGCUGAGGAACCUGUCGCCGUGGAGACCCUGGAGGCGGGCACCGAGGGCGUGAAACGGAUGUGGGUGCCCAGCCACCGCCUGCCCCCUUGCACGCUGCGCCAGGCGCUCACUUACUUCCUGGACAUCACCACGGCGCCCAGCCCACAGCUGCUCCAGCUGCUGGCCACCCUGGCCGAAGACCGAGUUGAGCGGGAGAAGCUACAACGGCUCAGCCAGGACUCUCUUCUCUAUGAGGAAUGGAAGUGGUUCCGGUGCCCGACGGUUGUGGAGCUGUUGGAGGAGUUCCCCUCAGUGGCACUGCCCACCUCGCUGCUGCUCACCCAGCUGCCCCUGCUGCAGGCCCGCCAGUACUCUGUCAGCUCUGCGCCUGACGCCCACGCGGGAGAGCUGCACCUCACGGUAGCCGUGCUCAACUACCGCAGUCAGGAUGGGAAGGGCCCAAUGCACUACGGAGUCUGCUCCACAUGGCUGUCCCAGCUCUCUCCGGGCGAGAUGGUGCCAGCUUUCGUCCGAAGCACCCCAAAUUUCCAGCUACCGGAGGACCCCACGGCUCCCUGCAUCCUGGUGGGGCCCGGCACUGGUAUCGCCCCAUUCCGGGGUUUCUGGCAGCAACGGCAACACCAGAUGGAGACAACAGGCCUGUCCACCAGCGAGAUGACCCUGGUCUUCGGCUGCCGUAGCUCCCAGCACGACCACAUCUACUGCGAGGAGAUCCGAGAAGCGCAGGAAAAGGGGGCUUUACAUCGUGUCCUCACCGGCUUUUCGCGAGACCCCGAUUACCCCAAGACCUACGUACAGGACCUGCUGCGGCUGCACCUGGCAGACCACGUCUUCGAAGUCCUGAGCCAGCGCGAGGGCCAUGUCUACGUUUGUGGGGAUGUCACCAUGGCCACGGGCGUCCUGCAGACCAUCCAGCAGAUCCUGGCGCAGGAAGGGAGGAUGUCGCUGGUCGAGGCGGGCGACGCCAUCAGCGAACUCCGGGACCAAAACCGCUACCACGAGGACAUCUUCGGCCUGACCUUCCGCACACAGGAAGUGGCGUCGCGCAUCCGAAGUCUCUCCUUCUCCAAGCAGGGCCGGAAAAGCUGCCUCGUGACGGAGCCCUGAGCGCCUUACCUCCCUCCCUCUUCUCGGGACUCCCAUUAAAGACCUUACGUGGUCACCUUCCCAGUCAUCCUUCCUUCUUGG